AUUUCCCAGCACCCCACGCGGCGGCGGCCGUAAAGCGCGGCGGUCGAACGGCCGGUUCCGGCUGAAUGUCAGUGCUGGGCUGUGGGCCGGGGAGGAAGGCGGCUGGUGGUUCCUCCACCACCUCCGCCGCGGCAUCCUCCGCUUGUGCUGCCGCCCCUGGCGCUGGGCCGCUCGGCUAGUCGGGCAUGAGACCGUGAGACGAGAGACGGGUCGGGGCCGCCGACAUGUUUGGCCGCUCGCGGAGCUGGGUGGGCGGGGGCCAUGGCAAGUCUUCCCGCAACAUCCACUCCUUGGACCACCUCAAGUAUCUCUACCACGUUUUGACCAAAAACACCACAGUCACAGAACAGAACCGGAACCUGCUAGUGGAGACCAUCCGCUCCAUCACCGAGAUCCUGAUCUGGGGAGAUCAGAAUGACAGCUCUGUAUUUGACUUCUUCCUGGAGAAGAAUAUGUUUGUUUUCUUCUUGAACAUCUUGCGGCAAAAGUCAGGCCGUUAUGUGUGCGUUCAGCUGCUGCAGACCUUGAACAUCCUCUUUGAGAAUAUCAGCCACGAGACCUCACUUUAUUAUUUGCUCUCAAAUAACUAUGUAAAUUCUAUCAUCGUUCAUAAAUUUGACUUUUCUGAUGAAGAGAUUAUGGCCUAUUAUAUAUCAUUCCUGAAAACGCUUUCGUUAAAACUCAACAACCACACUGUCCAUUUCUUUUAUAAUGAGCACACCAAUGACUUUGCCCUGUACACAGAAGCCAUCAAGUUUUUCAACCACCCUGAAAGCAUGGUUAGAAUUGCUGUAAGAACCAUAACUUUGAACGUCUAUAAAGUGGAUAACCAGGCCAUGCUGCACUACAUCCGAGAUAAAACUGCUGUUCCUUACUUCUCCAAUUUGGUCUGGUUCAUCGGGAGCCACGUGAUCGAACUUGAUGACUGUGUGCAGACAGAUGAGGAGCACCGGAAUCGGGGGAAACUGAGUGAUCUGGUGGCAGAGCACCUAGACCACCUGCACUAUCUCAAUGACAUCCUGAUCAUCAACUGUGAGUUCCUCAAUGACGUGCUCACGGAUCACCUGCUCAACAGGCUCUUCCUGCCCCUCUACGUGUACUCACUGGAGAACCAGGACAAGGGAGGAGAACGGCCGAAAAUUAGCCUGCCGGUGUCUCUUUAUCUUCUGUCACAGGUCUUCUUAAUUAUACAUCAUGCACCGCUGGUGAACUCGUUAGCUGAAGUCAUUCUGAAUGGUGAUCUGUCUGAGAUGUACGCUAAAACUGAACAGGAUGUUCAGAGAAGUUCUGCCAAGCCCAGCAUUCGGUGCUUCAUUAAACCCACCGAGACACUCGAGCGGUCCCUUGAGAUGAACAAGCACAAGGGCAAGAGGCGGGUGCAAAAGAGACCCAACUACAAAAACGUUGGGGAAGAAGAAGAUGAGGAGAAAGGGCCCGCCGAGGAUGCCCAAGAAGACGCCGAGAAGGCUAAAGGUACAGAGGGUGGUUCAAAAGGCAUCAAGACGAGUGGGGAGAGUGAAGAGAUCGAGAUGGUGAUCAUGGAGCGUAGCAAGCUCUCAGAGCUGGCCGCCAGCACCUCUGUGCAGGAGCAGAACACCACGGACGAGGAGAAGAGCGCCGCCGCCACCUGCUCUGAGAGCGUGCAGUGGAGCAGACCCUUCCUGGAUAUGGUGUACCACGCCCUGGACAGCCCGGAUGACGAUUACCAUGCUCUGUUCGUGCUCUGCCUCCUCUAUGCCAUGUCUCAUAAUAAAGGCAUAGAUCCUGAAAAACUAGAGCGAAUCCAGCUCCCGGUGCCAAACGCAGUCGAGAAGACCACCUACAACCAUCCGCUGGCUGAAAGACUCAUCAGGAUCAUGAACAACGCUGCCCAGCCAGAUGGGAAGAUCCGGCUGGCGACGCUGGAGCUGAGCUGCCUGCUUCUGAAGCAGCAAGUCCUGACAAGUGCCGGCUGCAUCAUGAAGGACGUGCACCUGGCCUGCCUGGAGGGUGCGAGAGAAGAAAGUGUUCACCUUGUACGACAUUUUUAUAAGGGAGAAGACAUUUUUUUGGACAUGUUUGAAGAUGAGUACAGAAGCAUGACAAUGAAGCCCAUGAACGUGGAAUAUCUUAUGAUGGACGCCUCCAUCCUGCUGCCCCCAACAGGCACGCCACUGACGGGCAUUGAUUUUGUGAAGCGGCUGCCGUGUGGCGAUGUGGAGAAGACCCGGCGGGCCAUCCGGGUAUUCUUCAUGCUGCGUUCUCUGUCACUGCAAUUGCGAGGGGAGCCGGAGACGCAGUUGCCGCUGACUCGGGAGGAGGACCUGAUCAAGACCGAUGAUGUCCUGGAUCUGAAUAACAGCGACUUGAUUGCAUGUACAGUGAUCACCAAGGACGGUGGCAUGGUCCAGCGAUUCCUGGCUGUAGAUAUUUACCAGAUGAGUUUGGUGGAGCCUGAUGUGUCCAGGCUUGGCUGGGGAGUGGUCAAGUUUGCAGGCCUAUUGCAGGACAUGCAGGUGACUGGCGUGGAGGAUGACAGCCGUGCCCUGAACAUCACCAUCCACAAGCCUGCGUCCAGCCCCCAUUCUAAGCCCUUCCCCAUCCUCCAGGCCACCUUCAUCUUCUCAGACCACAUCCGCUGCAUCAUCGCCAAGCAGCGCCUGGCCAAAGGCCGCAUCCAGGCAAGGCGCAUGAAGAUGCAGAGAAUAGCUGCCCUCCUGGACCUCCCAAUCCAGCCCACCACUGAAGUCCUGGGGUUUGGACUCGGCUCUUCCACCUCCACUCAGCACCUGCCUUUCCGCUUCUACGACCAGGGGCGCCGGGGCAGCAGCGACCCCACAGUGCAGCGCUCCGUGUUUGCGUCAGUGGACAAGGUGCCAGGCUUCGCCGUGGCCCAGUGCAUAAACCAGCACAGCUCCCCAUCCCUGUCCUCGCAGUCACCACCCUCCGCCAGCGGGAGCCCCAGCGGCAGCGGGAGCACCAGCCACUGCGACUCGGGAGGCACCAGCUCGUCCUCCACCCCCUCCACAGCCCAGAGCCCAGCAGAUGCCCCCUUGACUCCAGAACUGCCUAAGCCUCACCUUCCUGACCAGUUGGUAAUCGUCAACGAAACGGAAGCAGACUCCAAGCCCAGCAAGAACAUGGCCAGGAGCGCAGCCGUGGAGACAGCCAGCCUAUCCCCCAGCCUCGUCCCUGCCCAGCAGCCCACCAUUUCCCUGCUCUGCGAGGACACGGCUGACACGCUGAGCGUCGAGUCGCUGACCCUUGUCCCCCCAGUUGACCCCCACAGCCUCCGCAGCCUCACCGGCAUCCCCCCGCUAUCCACACCAGCCGCCGCCUGCACGGAGCCCCUGGGCGAAGAGGCUGCAUGUGCUGAGCCUGUGGGCCCCGCUGAGGACUGAGUCAGUGCCGGGGGCCUCCCUUUGUGUGUGUGGCCCUGCUGGUAGGGACCCCAGUGCCGCUGACUGGCAAGACAUGCUGGGAGCACCCAUCGUUCUCUGCGGCCCCCAGCAGCCAUCUCAGCCACCUAUCCCUGCGCUCCCUUGAAUGGGAAGAAGGCCAUGUUACCCUUGAAUUCCUUUUUCACUUUGCAUCUCUUCACGUGCAGGCUGGGACCAGCGGAGACACCCCGGCGAAUGUAGUCGACUGCACGGGCCACCUCAGGGAGCUGCCUGGGCUCCGUGUCUCUGAGUCCCGGGUGGCAGGACCCACCGGCACCUCUUGCUUCCUCUGUCAUAUGGCUCCUCUGUCACCAGCCCCAGUGUGCACAGAAGAAUUGGACCAGGUCACUGUACGUAGAAAUUUAUAGAAAAGCAGACUUAGAUAAACAUCUCCUUUGGAUAUUUAUUUCCGCUUUUGGCAGCAAGUGAACAUUUAUUUUUAAAACUUCUAUUUAAAAAAAGAGUCCAAAAACAUCAGCACUACGGUUUGAUGUCAUGUGAGAAGUGUAAUAAUACAGUUAAGAUUUCAUUAUCAUUUUCACUGGACCUUUCCUGAUGUUUUAGAGUUCUUAGUGUGGCUUUUUCCAUUUACUUAAGUGAUUCUUUGUUACUCACUAACUCUGCAAACCUGUGGAAUAAUGAAGUACCUUCCUGGAAAGUUUAGAUUAUUUUUUAAACAAAAACAAGGGAGAUACAUGUAUUCUCAGGUACACACAGAGCUGAGAGGGCUGGACGGUUUUCUGCCGUAGCAGCCGAGAGGCCUCCCAUCAUGGAAAGAUUUCUCCAGGAAAAGAAAGAAUGUAGCCAGCUCCCCGCUCAGGACGCUUCCUCAUUUCUCUUCACCAAAACCAAACAGAGACAGCUUCCAGCAUCUUCUUCAGUGUUGCCAUCUCUAGGAAGGAACCACUUGGGACCGUGAAGACUCCAGACCCUGUGGCCAUGAUGGAAAUCAAAGGAAGCCACCCUCAGUGUCACCUGCCACUCGACUGUGUGUGCCCCCGUGUGCCGAGAGAUGGCCCAGAGCCAGUUCCCCUCCAGCUGCAAGGGCGUGGUGUCCCCAGAGCUCUGAGUCUGCCACUGUCCCUCUCUGCUACUGCUGCUGGUCUGAAAAUUAAAACCCCAUGGUUCCCUUCCCCAUUCGGGCGGGGUGUGAACAGGCAAGGACCCAGAUGCAUCAGACACAGCCCCCAAGAUGGUCCUUUCUACUCAGCCAGCUUGGGAGACGGACACAGCACUCAUGGCCCGGGCCGUGAUCCACCCUCCCCAAGUCCACCAGGGCCAGCGGCCCCUCACCUCUCUAGUCACUGGUGAGACCUUCCACAACUUUCCUCCAGACCUGCCCGCAGAUGUGCCCACCAGGGGCGUUAGGUGUCUGCCGGAGCCUGGCCAUAGGGUAGCCUGGGGAGCCGCGCUGAGAUCUUUUGCCACCUGCAUUUUAGAGGAACACAGUCUCUAUCUCCUCCGCCAAGCCAGCUGUCCCGGCAAGGCCUGCCAAGGGCAGUUUUCAGCCUCCUGAAGGAAACACAGUCCUGCCAAGGAGGGGGAGUGGCGCCCAUGGGGGCAGGCCUCAGUCUUCAGAAGCCAUCCGAGUAGCUGUGCCCACCCAGCCUUCAUGGGUCAUCAGAAGCCCUCCGGGACGCUGUGCCCACCCAGCCUUCAUGGGUCAUCAGAAGCCCUCCGGGUAGCUGUGCCCACCCAGCCUUCAUGGCUGCAGGUACAAGGACCUUUGCUUCCAUAGAGAAAAGACACAGCUCAGAAAGGGGGCCACGUGGGCAGAAACCCCAAGGAAGGACAAACUGUGACCACCAUGGCCGUGUGCAGAGUCCCUGGAAGAGAAGGAAGGCAGAGUAGGGCAGGGGGAAGACCGUCACGGGGAGAAGGACCACAGCAUCAGAAGACGGGAUACCCCACGCGCAGCAGGCAGCCUGUGUGUUGCUUAAUUUUGUAAGAGCAAGAGGGGUGGAGAAGAUCAAGCUGGCCCUGGCCGAAGCUGGCUAGCCCCUGAGACGUGCACUUCUGGUUUUGAAAUGAUUCUGUCUAUGGGGCAGCAGAAACUAGAGAAGGCAAGUGACUGCCCCGCCCCAAGGCGUGACCGGGAGGAACAGCCUGCAGCUCACUCCAUGCCACACGGGUGGGCCACCAGCCUGCCAUCAGAAGUCUCUGGGCUCCAACUGGCCUUGUGAACACUGAGCACUGAAGGAGAGAGGUCUUGGCCAGGGCUGGACAGCAUGCCCGGGAGGACCAGCAGAGGAUAAAAGACACUGCUCAGGGCAGGGCUUCUACCCUGCGUCCCUGGCCAAGGACAGGGCAGUCCCCUGUGCAGGCUUGCAGGGUCACUCUCAGGGGCCUCUUUCUGCUGGGGCUGGCGACUUGCCUCUGGGGGACACCUCCAGGUAUGUGGGGUGAGGAUUUCCUAUAACCAGGGCUCCCAGAAGCUUUUCUUAUGUAAGGAGGUCUGGGAGCCCAUUGGAGGCCACCAGCCAUUUUGGCUCCAAAGGACCCCACCUCACCCGGGUCUCAGCGGCAGUGGGCACAGCUGUGUCUUCAGGAGCUCCCUGCAAACCUCAUAGCUGGGGCGCUCCCAGACAGGCCAGUCCAGACGAGACAUGCUGGGUCCCUGGCAUCUGGAGGAAGAACCAGGAGGGUGAGAAGGCCCACAGUGGGGGCUGUGGCUUCUGACACUCAGGUCAUAGCCUCAGAGGUCUGAGGUCAGCCCCCACAGACCCAUCUGGCCCGCCCCCCGAGUCCCUGCAGAGAGCACUUAGAGUUAUGGCCCGGGCCCUGGUCCACCCUUCCCCUGUGCACCAUCUGGCUUGGUUUGCCAAGUCAGGGAGCAGGGCAGGCCGCAGGAACUCCCAAACCUUGGCUUUGAAUGUUGCUGUGGAGGUGUGCUCAUCCCUUUCUGGACGUGGGAGGUACCUGUCCCAGCAGGUCAGAUGAGGCCAGCUGAGGUGCUCCCCCAGGCAGAAGGGCCAGCCUCCGCCAUGGCCUAGGGUUGGGAGGAGAGGCCUCCGUGAGCAGCCCCUCCUCUGCUGCCCUCCCACCCUGGUCCCUCUCCCCCAGCCUUGGCAGCCUCCCAUGACCCAAACGCUGGUGUUCACAAGCAACCCAAGGGGCAGGUGAGGCGCAGCCCUGGCAGACACGCGCUAGAUUCCUCUAAGGUCUCUGAGAUACACCGUUUUUUAAAAAGGCGUGGGGUGAACUGAUUUUGAUCUUCUUGUCUAGAUGCAAUAAAUAAACCUGAAGCAUUUCGUGUAGUCAUGUUGACAUUGGGCAUAUACUGUACGAGUUCCUUAUAUUUCCUUGAGCUAAAAAUAUGUAAAUAAUUUUUGUCUCAGUGAGGACCGAGGGUUGGAAAACCUCGAUGCCUCUGAGCCUCGGGACCGCUCUAGGGAAGUACCUCCUUUCGCCAGCGUGACUCAUGCUUCAUGGGUACUGAACACGAGGGUGGAAAUGAAAACUGGAACUUCCUUGUAAAUUUAAACUUGGCAAUAAAAGAGAAAAAAGUUA